GACGAAUGCCUCCAUGAAAGUAACUCCCAAAAUGGCCGCUACAUUACCCGAUUCCAAUGACGUAGAUGAAGCUAUACCACUAAACCAUCCAACAAAGAAAUCGUCUGCUCGAAAGAGCAAAAUCAAGGGAAGUAAAUUGCCAACUUCGGAGAAGGCUUCACCAUCUUCAGCGGCAGAAAACACCACUACAGAUCAAGAGCAAAGAAGCUUCUUGCUACUAGACGAAAAGGAAAAUCUCCAGGUGCAUACAGUCAAUGACUUUAUAACAAAGCUCUCAUGUAAUGGUGAAACAGGCAUGAAAGUUGUAUCCAUAUUUGGUAAUACGGGUGAUGGAAAGUCGCACACCCUAAACCACACAUUUUUUGAUGGCCAAGAGAUAUUUCCGACUUCAUCAUCUCAGCUUUCCUGUACAGUGGGCGUGUGGGCUGCAUACGAUGAUGUCAAUCGUGCCAUUGUCUUGGAUACAGAGGGGUUGUUAGGCAUGUCUGGGAACCAGAAUCAGCGGACAAGGCUGUUGUUAAAAGUCCUGGCAAUAUCUGACAUUAUCCUGUACAGAACAAGAGCUGAGAGGCUUCAUACAGACAUGUUCACUUUCCUUGGAGAUGCCUCAGAUGCGUAUCUAAAGCAUUUCACCAAGGAGCUAAAAGACGCCACUGAAAGAUGUCACAUGGAUGUGCCUCUGUGUAGUUUGGGGCCAGCGGUGAUUAUUUUUCAUGAGACGCAGCAUACCCACUUGCUUGGAAUAUCGCAAAAUGAGACUAACCCUUCAGAAACAACAAAUGUGAAAAGUCCUGACGAGAUUAUCAAGGAGAGGUUUGCAGAUGUAGGCCGAGUUCCUCAUGCAUUCAGCUCCAUCAAAUACUUGGGCACAAGGACUGAAUCGCCGCCAACUGACUUCACAGAAUUGAAACAAACUGUGAAAGAAUGUUUAGCUAACAGCUCUGUUCGUUCAUCACGCUCACCUGCCAUCAUCUAUAAAGCCUUGAUGCUUCUGAAUGAGAAGUUUAGUGGUGGCAUUGAGAGAAUGAUACCUAACACCUUCCCUGAUGCAUACUUCACCUGCCAGGCAACCUGUCUCUCAUGCAAUGCACGCUGUCAAAAAAGCAUGAAUCAUGAAAAUGAUGAGUCAGCCGAGCAUCAAAGUGAAGGCAGAUGUCACUAUCAAGCACAGUAUGACAACAGGAUAUUCACUUGCAGGGCCUGUUACGAGAGAGGAAAGCAGACCGUAGUAGUCCCCAAAAUGUGUUCCUCUGGGGAUUCUUCUUGGCUGGGCUUUGCCAAAUAUGCCUGGUCUGGGUAUGUUCUGGAAUGCGUCGAAUGCGGUGUGAUUUACCGCAGCCGUCAGUAUUGGUUUGGAAAUGAUGACCCAGUCAACACUGUCGUCAGGACCGAGCUUCGUCACGCGUGGCCUGGGGACAACUUAGCUCCGCUAGACGGUGGUAACGCGGCGCGGCGACUCUUGGAUAAUGUCAGUUACGUCACUGAAGCGGUCAGCAGUUUGAGCAGUCCUUCCAGUAGAGCGCUGACCAAUUGGAUCACGGACCAAGUGGCCCCGGAUUACUGGGUCCCAAACUCCGAAAUAACGGCGUGCCAGUCAUGUCGUCGUCUUUUCGCCGAUGGGGAGACUAAGCACCAUUGUCGCGCCUGCGGAGGCGGAGUCUGCGAUGCAUGUUCAACCAAUAAGAAACCUGUACCAGAACGAGGCUGGGGUCAGGCGCCUGUGCGAGUGUGUGACAGUUGUUUUGGAAAAUCGUCAACAGUAGAGACUCAGCCGCAGCUGGCCUGCGAUUUGAGUGCUUUGUCGGAUGCAUUAGACGAGGAAACGCCACAAGAAAUUGUUCAAAUUGAAGAAGAUUAUAGCCUGUAUUCUGAUCAGCCGUUUGGGCCCGUCGCUGCUCGAAAAGUAACAGAAGUCGUCCAAUCGGCUGUCGGCAUUUUAAAAAGCGCCAUGGAAUACCCCAAGGAAUUGAUCACCGACGCGGCCAGACCUGGGUACUGGGUACCAGACUCCGACAUUGUAACCUGUAGCUGUUGCAAUGCUGCUUUCAAGGAAAGUGAUACCAAACACCAUUGCCGUGCCUGUGGUAUGGGCGUGUGUAGUAACUGUUCAGAAAGUAGGAGACCUGUGCCUUCCAGAGGAUGGGAUCACCCUGUCAGGGUUUGCGACCAAUGCGCCGCCAAGAAGGGACAGCUUUAGGUGUUGGCCAGAUUAGUCAGUCAGGCUGGUCGUGGACGUUGUAAACUUACACUUUUCUUUUGUAUGUACAUAAUGAAAUUAUACAAUACAUAAUCCAGAUGAAUAUACCCAAAUCUGAAGGAAAAAACUUUUUCAAUAGUUAAAUGAAACCAUACUUAUAGGCUUUUAUAAGGUUGCGUUCAUGUCUUGCGGUGCCAGCUAGUAGUAAACUGCUCUGAGUACUACCAUGUGUAGCCUUUACAGGUAUGUGCGGCUGGGAAGAGGGAAGGGGUGAUCCUAAAUGUAAGCGUUGUUGUUGUUUGCCAUUGUGAGAAGGAGGGCACUCCUAUAUGCAAGGUAUUCCGGCAUCUUUUGUGGAAUAAGGUAGGGUCUUUGAGGCUAUCGGUCCUUAAAUAGCGUAUAAUUUUUCCCCUUUUGUUAUUGUGAUUCUGUUGCGAUUCUUAAAUGGGGGCCUUUACAUUGCAUUAGCUAAAGAAGUUAACGAGAUCGGGUGAAAAGGGAAUUUUUGCAAAUAUUUAUUUUUCUAUUUUACCCGACGCAGGAGUCGAAUAUCAAAGAGGACCGGACGCCAGGGGUUUCCUUAGCGUUUUCAGCAGUAGGGCAACUUGUUUUCAUGGGUGGGCAAAACUAUUUGAACUGAGCUUGUAAUAUAAGGAAAAUUUUCCUCUAGAUGGUCAAGCCAUGGGUUAUCCCUCCACAGGGUCAGGGUUCAAGACUCUUUGUGGCACAUAGUCUAAAUUAAUGUUAGUACCCCGUCCGGAUAGUAGAAUAUCAAGAAAGCUAGCUAAAUAGCGACCACCGCAAGCAAUCUUUAAAAGAGCGUUUUCGUAAGCGGCCAUAUUGGUUUUCUCAAGCAAAAGCUUAUAGAUCCCAUGCAUUUCAUUGUUGGGAGAGUACCAACAUGGCCGCCAUGACGUCAUGUGAAAACGCUCCACAGCUGUUAUUACUAUGCAAUAUACUGAUUAAUAAUAUAUAACUAUGUAGGUACCAAGUAAUGAAAGACUUAUAUGACAUAUGUUUAUGUGUUUUGUUUUUGUUUUUGUUUUUGUUUUUCACUAUUUUACAGGAUGAAAUCUGAGUUUUUUCUCUUAACCUGCUUUGUGUUUCUCAUAAUAAUAUAAACAUGAAAAAAUACUGCAUUCUGAAUGGUUAAUAAAGGGUGAAGUUUCCCUGUAA